AUGCGCGCCGGUGAACUGAUGCGUCGAGAACGUGAACUCCUCGUCGAAUCCAAAUCGCUGAUGGGACGCCUUCCGUUUGAUGCCUUCGAUCUCUUAAUCGUGGAUUGGAUGGGCAAGAACAUCAGCGGGACAGGGAUGGAUACAAACAUCAUCGGUCGUAUGAUGCAGAUCCUUGAGCCAGAGCCAGAGAAGCCCGCGAUUGUGCGAAUCUUCGUCCGAGAUCUGACAGACGAUAGCGACGGCAACGCGACAGGCGUUGGAUUGGCGGACUUUACCACGACGCGCCUUGUGGAAAAGAUGGAUCGGCACGCGACGUACAUGAAUGGCAUCACCGGGAUGGGACCUCAGAAGUCGAAAACGCCCUUCUAUUACGACACCGAUCAGGAGGCUAUUGAGAUCGCACUGAACACGGUUGGACUGACCCCGCCUGAACAGGCAAAAGUGGUGCGAAUUGAAAGCACCCUCGGUCUCGCAGAGGUGGACAUCUCCGAAGCCCUACUUGAAAGACGCAAAUCUGCGCACCGAUCUGGAGGUCACCGGCGAACUGGAACCAUUAGCAUUUGA